AUGAAUACACUUGGUAAACGUAGAGGAAUAGUUAGUUCACAUGAAACAGGUGAAAGUUCUACAGCCCGUUCUUUCCAUAGACAGUCACGGCGACAACAAUUACUUAAUGAAAGGGUUGUACAUUGGUCUCGUGCUGAGCAUCCUUGCUAUACUCAAUGUUGUAAAUUAGGGAUUGUAAGGUUGUCGUUUCCUAUUCAGCCGCCUUCCGUUAUCAAGCAAUUGUUUGAAGAGAGUAAUUUUUUGGAAAAUAUUAGAGCAUACAAUAGCAUGUUCUCUAUGACAUCGUUUGGGGCGGACAUUGAUGAGACGGUUAAUGAUGGUCGUGGCCCUUAUGUUUUUAAAAUAUCAGGACAAGUUUCCCACUGGAUUGGGUCUUUGUGCCCACCAUCUAAUGAGAAGCCGUGGUUUUUGCAAUUAUACAUUUAUGAUACCGAGAAUGAGGUUUCAAACAGGCUCCGCGUUUUUGGAGACUCAACUCAAUGUAGUCUUUCUGCAGAUAUUGUUAGAACACUUAAUGAUGUGUUGACCACCCAUAAUAAGUACGUGCGUGUUUUUAAAAAUGCCAAGGAGAUGGCUGAUCCAACUAAGAACAACUAUUCUGUACGCCUUUACAACAAUGUACCUGAUAGAAGAUAUGGACCCCCCUCUCCAGGUACCUUAGGCGGUAUUGUAUGUGGUGAUGACGCUAACUCUAGCGGGUACGAUAUCAUCGUACACUCAAAGGACGGAAUACCUCAAAGGGUUAGUAAGUUACACCCAUGUUAUAUGCCAUUACAGUACCCAUUGUUGUUUCCAUUUGGUGAGGAAGGCUGGUCACCACGUUUUCAUUUACAUCAAGUUCAUAGUACCAAAGAGAAGAGGUUGACGGUUAACAUGUAUUAUAGUUAUCAAAUCCACGAUCGAGUUGGUGUCUAUUCUCUUCUUUUACAUGGUGGCCGCCUAUUUCAGCAAUACUUAGUUGAUGCGUAUACAUGUAUUGAACAAAACAGGCUCACCUACUAUAGUACACAUCAAGAUCAGUUGCGAUCUGAGUAUAUUGCUGGUGUCUAUGACGCUCUUUCUAGAGGUGACACAGAAUCCCGCGAAAUAGGCAAACGAAUAUUCUUGCCUGUUUCAUUUACUGGUGGCCCGCGAUAUAUGCACAAACAUUAUCAAGAUGCAUUAGCGAUUUGUAGGGUUCAUGGCAACCCUCAAUAUUUCAUCACAUUCACAUGUAAUGUUAAGUGGCCUGAAAUUACAAGAUACAUGGACAGCAUUGGCAGCACCAAUUCUCAACACCAUCCUGACAUUAUAGCUCGAGUUUUUAAGUUAAAAGUAGAAGAUUUCAUCAAGUUUAUGAAAGCUGACAAAACCUUUGGAGAUGUCGGAGCAUACUUAUAUACAAUUGAGUUUCAAAAAAGGGGAUUACCACAUUGCCAUACUUUAUUGUGGGUGACCGAAGCUUAUAAAAUACAGGAUGCUGCUGCUAUUGAUAAUUACAUUACAGCUGAAUUUCCCGAUCCACAGUCAGAAGCGUCUUUGUAUCAAACAAUUACUGAAUGCAUGCUUCAUGGGCCUUGUGGUUUGUUAAACCAUGCCGCUACAUGUAUGCGUGAGGGUAAGUGUUCAAAGAAUUUUCCAAAAUCUUUUCAACCUACUACAACAUUCGACAAAGAUGGAUAUGUUCAUUAUAAAAGGAAUGCUGGUAUUCAUUAUGUGUUGCGAAGUGGAAUCCGUGUUGAUAACGGUUAUGUAGUUCCAUAUAAUAAACGCUUGUGUAGCCGUUUUAAUGCACACAUAAAUGUUGAAUAUUGUGGCUGGAACAUGUUGAUCAAAUAUCUAUUCAAAUACAUCUCUAAAGGAGUUGAUCGUAUAAGAUUUGUUAUACAGAAAUCUAAAGAUGAUGCAGCUUCCACAUCUGUUGAGUCAACUCCUAUCAUCAAUGAAAUUCAGAGUUUUGUUGAUGGCCGCUUCAUUUGUCCACAUGAAGCAUGUUGGAGAAUUUUGAACUUCCCUAUUCAUGAACGUGAUCCUGCUGUUCAAAUCCUAGCUGUUCAUUUAGAAAACAUGCAAAAUGUUACCUUCAAGGAAAAUAGUCGUUUGCAGUCAAUCGUUAACAACCCAUCUUUUGGAAAAACAACAUUAACUGAAUGGUUAAAUAACAAUUGUAAAGAGCCAGAAGGAUUGCACCUUAGAUACAGUGACUAUCCAUCUAGGUUUUGGUGGGAGUCUUCUAGUAAAGGAUGGAUUCGUAGAGCACGGUUAGGUAGCACAGCCAUUGGUCGACUUGUAUACAUACAUCCAACAGCUGGCGAAUUAUUCUAUUUGCGUAUGUUACUUUGUCAUCAAAAGGGCUGCAAAUCAUAUGCGGAUAUUCGUACAGUCGCACAUGUUACCUACACCAAAUGA